GUUUAUGCGCGACACGCGAAACGCAGCGAAUGAAGCGAGCGAAACGCGAAUUGCCGUCGCCAAAAGUGAUCUAUAAUAUAGUCGAAAACAGCAAACAUCCAUCAAUCGUUUCGUAAACUGGAAAACUUACAGUUUUAAUAGCCGCAUUUUUGAUUAAUUAAACGAGUUUCGGUCCACGCAUCCGCCGUUCCAUUGGCCAUCAUCUCGAAUCUCUAAUAAUAAAUAGCUGGUUAGCUGACCAUGCUAAAGUGUAUCUGUGUGUGCUGUGUUCGUCGCAUCCAUCGGUUGUCUGUGAAUUUCGUGUGAUUUGUGGCGCUUUUUUUAGACAGCAGAAACCACCAUUCAAAAUCAAAUCAAAACAAAGACCCGCAAAACGUUCGCUGUGAAAACAAUAAAUGCGAUUUAAAAGCAGUUUACAUUUCUGUUUAAACGCCCAACAAAAAGGCCAUUAAGUGCCAUAACUGCCAAUUGGCAUACGAAUCUUGAUUAGCAUAAAUCAAACAAAGCAAUUGGAGAAUCGCCGAGACAUCAAACGGAGGGAAAAAUACAGAUAUUCGCUGUUAGUCCCAAACUAAUCCACAUCGGAUCAGUUGUCGACCCGCGACUAUCCGCACUUCAGCGGCGACCAUCAGAACGUGACGCUGCCGUUUGCCUCCGCAUCCGGAUCCUCAUCCGCAUCCGCAUCUUCAUCCGCUUCAGCCUCCCACGCCGCCGCCGUAAAGAUGUACCACAGCAGUGCCGUAGCGGCAUACACGGACUUGGCUGCCGCUGGGAGUGCGGCCAGUGCCGGAGUGGGAGUCGGGGUGUCCGGCUAUCACCAGCAGGCCGUGAAUGCCCCGGUCUAUGUGCCCUCCAAUCGCCAGUACAACCACGUGGCCGCGCAUUUCGGAAGUGCUGCUGCCCAGAAUGCCUGGACCACGGACGGCUUUGGAUCGGCGCAUGCGCAGCUGCCGGCGCAGUUUUAUUCACCCAAUGCCGCCGUGAUGAUGGGCUCCUGGCGAAGUGCCUACGAUCCGUCGGGAUUCCAGCGAUCAUCGCCCUACGAAAGCGCCAUGGACUUCCAGUUUGGGGAGGGACGCGAGUGCGUCAACUGUGGCGCCAUAUCGACUCCUCUGUGGCGACGGGAUGGAACUGGACACUACCUGUGCAACGCCUGUGGACUUUACCACAAGAUGAACGGAAUGAACCGGCCGCUGAUCAAGCCCAGCAAGCGCCUGGUGAGUGCAACUGCCACCAGAAGAAUGGGUUUGUGCUGCACCAACUGCGGCACUCGAACCACGACACUUUGGAGGAGGAACAACGACGGAGAGCCCGUGUGCAAUGCCUGCGGACUGUACUACAAGUUGCAUGGCGUGAACCGACCACUGGCCAUGCGCAAGGAUGGCAUCCAGACGAGGAAACGGAAGCCCAAGAAGACGGGCAGUGGCUCGGCGGGGGGAGCGGGAACUGGGUCCAGUUCGGGAUCCACCUUGGAGGCCAUCAAGGAGUGCAAGGAAGAGCACGAUCUCAAGCCCUCGCUCGGUCUGGAGCGCCAUAGCCUUGGAAAACUGCAUGCGGAUCUGAAGAGCAGCUCCAGCAGUAGCAGCACCUUGAUGGGUCACCACAGCGCCCAGCAGCAGCAGCAACAGCAACAGCAGCAGCAACAACAACAGCAGCAGCAACAGCAACAGGCGGCACACCAGCAAUGCUUUCCCCUCUACGGCCAGGCGACGACGCAGCAGCAGCACCAGCAACAUGGUCACGGGAUGACCCCCAGCUCCGCCCAGUCCCAGUUGAGUGCCCGUCAGUUGCAUGGAGCGGCAGGAUCGCAGCUCUACACGCCCGGGAGCAGUGCAUCGGGCGGAGGCAGUGCAUCCGCCUACACCUCGCACAGUGCCGAGACGCCCACCUUGAGCAAUGGCACUCCAUCGCCCCACUACCAGCAUCACCAUCACCUGGGUGGAUCCCAUGGUCAUCAUGUGACAGCGGCGGCACAUCAUCAUUUGCAUGCAGCCGCUGCUGCCGCCGCCUAUGGAGUGAAAACGGAGGCGAGUGCCACCAACUACGAUUAUGUGAACAACUGCUACUUUGGGGGCACCUUCGGGGCACUCGGAGGAGCUGCCUCCACGGCGGCCAUGGCGGGCGGAGCGGCCAGUGAGCUGGCCGGCUAUCAUCACCAGCACAACGUCAUCCAGGCGGCCAAGCUGAUGGCCACCUCGUAAGGUUCGAUCCAGGGGCUCUGGACACUGGACACUGGCUCUGUGAUGUGAUCUCCCUCCUCCUCCUCCUCACCAACUGCACCCCAAUUGGAAGCACGCGUUGGAAUCAUGGCAUUGAAAAGACUUUAGACCUAUUUACCUUUAGUCCUAUUCAGCCCCGUUUGCAAUUCUAUUUUUUAUAAAAUCAUCAUAUCAUAAGAGUUCAGAAAUCAUUUUCCUAAAAAAUGCUUCUUAAUCUUUUAUGACAUUGUAGAAUUUAAUUGAAAUUCGAAUCGCAAAUGGGGUGCUUCUAGAUUAAGAUCUGCCCAUAUGAGCAAUAGUUUUUAAAUCUUGUAAAUAACUAAUAGGAAUUCUCGUUGUACAAAUCUACUUCUAUAUGUUUGUGCCUAUGCCUGAAGUUUUAUAUAUAUGUGUGUACAGAUAUCGUUUAUCGCUUCGCUUAUAUUGUAUUUAGGUCUUUAUCAUAACUCUUGUUCGUCUAGCUUAAAUAUUCGAUGUGAACUUCGCACUUCCCCACCCACCCUUUUCAUAGAACAUUUAGCUGUAAUCGUACUUAGUAGUAUAGUAUUAUUAUAACUCUGAACCUUUAAAUAUCAAAGCUAAAUAAAGAUUGUAUUACAACAUA